AUGUUGAUUCUUGAUGGAGGUAUGGGAACGGAACUGGAGAAUCGUGGCAUCGAUUGCUCCGAUCCGCUAUGGCUAACACUCUGGUCAGCCAAGUUCUUGCUUCCUAUCAACUCCGAUUUCCUCAAAUGUAUCGAAAGCGCCGAUCCAUGGACAGUGGAUCAGCUUGAGAAGGUAAACAGAGCCCUCGACGAGCACCCUGAGUGGCUGGAAAGUUCCCAGGAUAAUUCAAACCUGCUCUAUCGGAUUCACAAAGACUACGUAGUGGCUGGCGCGGAUAUAGUCACUUCGGCGUCCUAUCAGGCAUCUCUGGAGGGCACAAUCAAGGCAGGGGCAGUUCAGCGCUGGCCUGAAGCAUUGUGGAUGCUGAGAAAGAGCGAGCAGUUGGUGCGAAAGGCAGUCACUGAAGCUAAGGUCAAAAGAAAAGUACUCCUAGCAGCCUCAGUAGGCCCCUUUGGAGCAUGGCUUGGAGGGGGCCAGGAGUACAAUGGAGACUAUACGGGAUACACCAAGGACGACAUCAGACGGCAUCACGAGUUCAAGAUUCGAGCUGUCUUGGGUGGAAGUCCAGACAUGCUUCUGAUUGAGACAAUCCCGUCCAUUAUUGAAGUAGAGGUACUGGUUGACGUUCUGAACACCAUCCUCCCGCCUUCCCCCAUACCCGUGUGCCUUUCUCUAAGUGUAAAAUCUGCAGAUUAUGACAGAGUUGCCCUUGCAGAUGGAUCGGAGCUUUCCAACAUCGCCGAACUUGCGGCCUCUUGUCCUUCUUUUACGCACCUAGGCGUCAAUUGCUGUGCGGAGACGGUUGCCAAGCUGUCCCUCGACAUACUGCAACAGCACACAUCUCUCCAACUGAUUGUGUAUCCGAACUCCGGAGAAGUAUACGAUGGGGCCACCAAGACGUGGAGUGGCAAUUGCGACAGUUCGUUUUUAGAGGCAGCUACGUUGUCAGAUUGGCAGACCUCGGUUUCGAUUUUGGGAGGCUGUUGCAGAACGGGACCUCCACACAUUGCCUUUUUGCGUCACAAAGUCGAUGGGUUCUUGUCAUAG